AUGAAGACUCUUUGGGAACAUCUUUCCGGUCAAUCGACUAUCAUCGGGGAUAUGAGCCGAGCAUCCCUGAUUGAUGUCAUUUCCUUUGUAGCCCUCGCAGACAAGACACGUCGAACUCUGAAAAAAAAGUGGGGUGAAUUGCUGUCUUCUAUGAUCACGUGCCUGCGGAACUCCCUGGCCCUCUUCAUGGCUUCAUGCAUCAAAAAGGAGGCUACAAGGCUUUGUCAUGCAGUGCCCGACAUUGACUCGAGGGCCAUUCCUUCAAGGAGAUGCCGCAGCUCAGGUGGAGCCUCUGACAUGUCUACUCCUGGUGGGCACAACAGCUUGGUGGUGUUUGAUCCACUCAAUGAAGGUGAUGACGGUGCCACAGAGCAAGCUACAAAGUCUCGCAAGUCCAAGGUACUGGUUGACUUAAAUGCAAUUUGGCAGCUCUAUGAGGAUUCAAUGACCACAAAUGUCAGUUUGCCCACACUUGCAAAGACACGCCGGAGGGAUCGAGCAGCUGGCAUGUCUGAAGCUUCGGUGGACUAUUGGAUGAGAAAGAUUCAAAACAUAUAUGGUCGACGGUCAGCAGUGUCCAUGUCAAACUGCAGGUUUUUCAGUGUUGCUUGCGAUGCCAGCAGGCACAGCACCAGAGACACAUUGGUCUCGACAGUGUUCUCUGUGGAGAACAAUGUUGGGGUCUAUGCCAAUGCACAAGUCCUCAAGUCUGGAGGGAAGCUUCUUGCCCCUGACGAAGCCAUCCUUGAUGAUGAAGUGGAGCACCUAGCUGCAACCCGCGAGAUUGACCGGCUGGCUUCGUACCGCCUCAUGCAGGCCAUUAGCUUCCAGCUAAAGUUCCUCACAUCCAAGACUUUGAACUCAUUUCUGCUGGAGCACCCAGAUCCCCUGGCUGUAGCUUUGGCACCUUUGACACCAGAACUUGUCAGGGUGGUCAAGCAAGACGCUGGAGGGACAAGGGUGUACCUGUGCAACAAAGUGACAAAGGAAAGCACACUUGUGGACCUGUCAGGAUGGGAUCCGCUGCAUCGCCUCAUCAAUGACAUGAAACAUGCCAUGACCUUCGGCCCGAAAGAUGGAACUCACUGGCUGGAAACAGCACUUUUGUGCUCAACUUAUGUCUUCUCCUUGAACUACAAACCAUACAAGGGUGGCAGCUUCCAUGCAGACAAGCGAGAGCUUCCGGACCAUUUCCUCCGCACAAUGACAGAGGAUGUUGGCAUUGGCUUUACAAGUUUGACCUGUCAGGACUGUGACCUUUUCAGUCAGUACGCCUACCUGAUCGGCCUGGACACUGGUUCGCGCAUCUGCUCCAGGGAAGAUGUGGCAAGCCUCUUCCAGGACCUUCCAGCACACCUCGAAUCAUGCAGACACAAGUUAUCACUUGUGAAGAGCGGAAGAUGGUUUAGCUGGCAUGGGGCAGCCGAAGAGCACAUGAAGGAAUGGUUUGCGUUUAAAAUGUUGCUGAAGCACCAAUAUCCAGAAGUCGAAGAUGUAGACCAGUCCGAGAAAAGCUUCAAGGAGCUCAGGAGCGACUCAGGGGGAUUGAAACUGGCUUUGAAAGGCAUGACUUUUCAAAACUGGCUUGGCGUCAGAAUUCUUCAGGUCGGAGGAAGGCCCAUGUGGAACUGGUGGACAAAAACCGUCCAGGAAAUCAAAACCCCAGCUGACGGGCUGAAGGCUUUCAUUGUCAUGAGCCAACACUGGAGGUCCGACUUGCAGUUUCGAGAGCUUGUGGGUUGCCUGCUUGACAGGAAGGAGAUUGGCAUGGUGACAAAGUAUUGCUCAGUGAUGCAAGCCUGUCCCAGUGGUUUUGUCAAGCAGUUGUGGUACUACAUUGUCGGCCUCAUGUCCAAUCGAGCUGCUUCCCUGUGCAAGCAUGAAUGUGCUCCUUACUGCUACGCUACGGCUCUUUUGGAUGAUGAUGCAGAUCCACGACAAGAAGCUGCCGCGCAAAUGAUGCUCGCAGACUGGAAAGCAUUGUGUAUGAUUGAGCAGUCAGAAGCGGUUGGGGCACAGGAUCUAGCAGUGGAGAUGCAGAACUGCAUUUAUCCACCCACACGUCUUGCCUUUUUGUCUUUGGAAACCGGAGAUCGACCAGGGGCCUUGGAGCUUCUUCGGGCUAUGCUGCAAUCUUUUUCUGAUACCAAGGUGAUCGAAGACUUACAUCAGCGAAUCAGGUGUGACUCUUUGAAGAACCCAAAUCGGAAACACACAGCUCUCGAAGUCCAAAACAUUGUCAUGACCAGCAAAAUUCUGGAGACACGGGGCAUAGCGCACCCAGCUGCGCUCACCAAGAAGAGUUUCUUGAGCAGGUGGAAAAAGGCAAAGGCAGAAAAACAGAAGAGCAAAUUCCACUGCGCCAACGAAAAGCUCCCACUUACUACAGUAAGAUCAUGGCCAGCAAGUCAUGGCCAACACUGUCUCCUGAAACUUUGA